AUGUGUCCUAUUUAUCUUUGGAAUGAUAUUAUCUAUCUACCGAAUGAACACUUUUGUUAUAUACCACUUACUAAUAUUCGAGGUUUUCUUUGGAUUUUUCUUAAUAUUUAUGGCAUUCCUGUUAUAUCGCUGUCAUUAAUCUAUUUUCGUAUCACAAUAUUCAUUCGAAAACAUUCAAUCAAUCAAACAAUAAUCAUUAAACGACGACAAGAUCGAGAUUUGAAUGCUUUUCGACGUAUUCUCAUGAUCGUCGGAAUAUUGUUUGUUCUAGGACUACCGACUAUAUCUCUUAUAUUAAUGAUGUUUAUCACAGGGAAAGAACACCCUUUGAGUUUCCGAGUUAUGAGCAUUUCAAUUGGAACAUCAAUGGCAGGAUUGAGUGUAGCAUUAGUAUUUUCUGUUAUUCAGCUGAAAAAUAUUGUUUGGAAACCAUUAACAUCAAGUAAAGUAAUGCCUAUCAAUGGCACUUUAACAGUUUCAAUCCCAAUGAAAGCCAAUGUUACUACUUUGCUAUAUCAGCAUUCAUCAUUAUUAUAA